AUGGAAAAACACCCAUGGUCUCAAUAUUAUAUCGGGCGAAACAGAUGCUCUACAGAUAUAUUUGACUCCAAGUUGGAACAAAUUCAAGAAUUCCGAAAAGCAUCAAUAAUUUGGAAUUCAGGAAAUGAAAUUCGGCAAAUUUCAAACAAAUCGGUCUCAACAAAUAUAACUUCAAUGAAAGUUCCACAUAUUCCUUAUGCGCUUUAUUCGGUUGUCAAAACAAAUGGAACAACCAUAGUUCUGACUCCAAUUUUCAACGAAGUUGUUGCAAAUGAUCGAUUUGAUCUCAGAUUUAUUCGUCUCACACCAUCUGCAAGAGACACUUUGAAUGAGGGCAAAAUCGACAUUCAGAAAUAUCAUCGUGGUUCAGUUAUUUGUGUCACGAAAAUGGUGCCGAACAAGAGAUUUAGAAGAGAACAACGUUCACAGAUUGAGUUGGCUGAUAUGCAAACUCCAGAGAGCAGCAAACAAUAUUAUUGGAAAGUUUUCGAAUUCUUCGAAGUUACUCCAACAAUCAGAGAUAAUAUUGUGAUAGUUCCAUAUCGUACAAGUUCUGAUGGUAACUUUUAUUGUGUUGGGGACAAGCUUCAAAAAGAACUGUAUUUGAAACGAUUGGAUGCACCAUUGGGAACAUGUUUGAAUACUCUUCUUGUUGCUAAACUAUUCACACCAAAUUACCACCCCGGCAUAUUCUUGAAAUCAUUAAUUUCAUUGAAAAAAAGAAAAGAGAUUAUGAUGAAAUGUCAAGAUAUUAUACCUAUUGAUAAGAUUCCAUGGCUCGUUUUGAGGUCUCAAACAGCACCACAUGGUAUCUAUGAAAAAUUCGAAAGUUUCAAACAAGUGUUCGCUUUUUAUCCCAAAAACAAUGCAUAUGGGAAUUUGAUGGCUAUCACUGAAUUUGCAACAAAUGGAGUUGAUGUUUUUCGGAAAUCAAAAAUGGAUCUCGAUGAUUAUUGCACAACAAUUGAUCUUUGGUUUAUUGAGAAUGAAAAAGUUUAUUUCAAUUUCAAACUUCGUGGUUCGAAUAUUUUCGAAAAAUGGAACAUUCCAAAAGCUUUCAUAAAUGCGAGUCUUGGUUCACAAAACGAGGAAUUUAUUGCCAAAAUAAUUUCAGUCACAAAAACUAACGAUCUCGAAGUUUUGAUUCAAGCUGAAGCAAUGGAAAUAAUUGCCGAAUUACUUGCCGAUGGUGAAACAACCAUAUUUGUCAGAGCAAAAUUUUGUGCCGGCACACAAUUUAGCCGCUUGAAAAUGACAAAAAUUCCAGUCUUCUCAAACGCUGAUCUAAUUAUUCAAUCGGUUUUCGGAAAUUCAAUAAUUCCAAAAUUCAUCACCGACAAUCCUCUGGUCAACAACAUGAUUCCUCAAAACAUGUUGCCAUCACAAUAUGAAUAUGUAAAAGCUAUUUGCGAUCCAAGUUUGCCCGCAUUUAUUGCUUCAAGUUCAUUCGGAAGUGGAAAAUCAACAACGAUUGCAAGAGCAGCUGGAAUUUUGUCUCACUUUCAACCAGAUAGAUAUCAUAUCAUUAUGGCUUCGACAAACUCCAGUGUUCUUGAUUUGGCAGAUAAAGUCUCCAAAAUCGAAAAUAUUUUCCAAGAUGAUAUAGUUCGACUUGUAAGUGACAAUGUUAUGUUACAAUCGGAGAAAACUUCACAUUUUGAUUAUCCUACUGUUUUGAGAAACAAAUGCAUAGAAGUCUUCGAAUCCCAUCAGAAAGGUAUUCAAAUCGCUAUUUAUUCUCAUUUUCAACAAGUUGUGGCUUAUUUGAAAUCGAAAAAUAUCAUAACACCAACAAAUUCGAAUUUAUCAAAAUCUGUCAAUAUAACUCGGGUAUGA